AUGAUCAGUGCUCCAUCUUCUCGCGCUCUUAUCGCAUGCACCGCCUUGCGAGGCACCGUCGCCGCUGCUGCCCCUCGCGCAACCGCCAGGUCCGCCGCUCGUAACGCAUCGGCCCUGCUCGCUUCCAACGCCGGCGCUCUCCAACAGCCUAGUAGAAGCUUCGCCGCCUCUACCGUCGCUCGCCAAGCCGUAGAGGCGUCCAUCUCGGCCUCUGCUGUUGACGCUGAUGCUUCUGCUGCUGCUCCUCAGCUCGACCUCCCCACUUCGGGCAGGAAGAAGCGCGGCAAAGCUACCACCGACACCGACAAGGCCAAGCUUCUGCUCAAAUGGGGCUGGUUCGAACCUCACGCACCCGAAAUCAAUCAGCUCCUCAAAGGCUUCCGAAGCUCCUUCCCCGAUUGGCUCCGAGGCACUUACGAAGAUGCCAAGAGCUUCCGAUCCGCUCGUGCUCGUCUCUGGACUCCCACCCUCGCUGAAAUCCGCAGCCUCAUCGGCACCGAGGCCACCAUUCACGAUCCAAACGAAUGGAUCGUUAACCAGAUUGACUCGUACCGUCAAACGCUCGAAGCAGCUGACGCCAAACUUAACAGUGCUACCAAAUCUCAGCCCGACUACCUCUCUCAGGUCGACGUUUGGGAUAUGAUGGACUACCAGCAGCAGGUGGACUUUGCUUUGCGCGAUGUAUGGAAGAGCAUGUCUCACGAGCAGCGCGCACAGGCGUUGCUUCGUUGUCGAUUCGACUGCAUCCGCAAACUUGGCUGGAGGCAAGGCUAUUCCUCGGGCUACCCUCGACCACCACAAGAUGGCGAGAGCUCUCACUUGCCCGACAAGCUCGGUGCUCCAGGCCAAGAAGGAUGGGCUGCGGUGCGCUCGCUCCAAAACGCCGAGCACGACCAGGCUUGGGCGGCGUGGGAGCAGCUGUCUGCAGAAGAGCGUGUCGCCGAAGAGAAGGCGGCUUGGAAGCUUCGUGAUCGAUCGCAAGUUUACCUCGACGAUUCCGAAGACUCACUGGUGCUCGCCUCGCCGUCUCCACGCUGGUACGCUGUGCCUGAACGUGCGGGCGAGCUCAUUUUUCUACCCAACACCAUCGUCAAGCUCGUCAAAAACCACACGCCCGAGGGCGCACAAUACGACGCGUUCAAAGCCACCUUCCGCGUCCCACUCUCAAUGCACAAGCACGCACUCCGCUCUUAUCUGCUCGCCAUCUACGGUCUGAAAAUUACCUGGGCUCGAUCUUCCAUCUACCGCUCGCCCGUCACGCGCGACAAUCGAACGGGCAAAGUGAUCUCCGGUCGCGGUCGUACCUACAAAAAAAUCGAAGUGGGCUUGUUGGAACCUUUCCUGUUCCCUGAGAUCUCGCCCGAGUUUUCCAAGCAGCACCUCUUGACUUCCGAACUCGACUACGAACGCAGUCGUGUCUACCUCAAGAUGACAAAGACCACGCGAUGGAGAGGUAGGAAGAGCUCGGAACAGUACGAACAAGAAAUUGCCAAUCGGGAUCGCGCUAUGUAUCAUCACUUGGAUGCAUUGGCGAGCAAAGGCAUCGUCAGUAACGCCAAGCCCGAGGGUGAAAAUUUCCCAAGGUUCAUGGUCAAGACCCAAGGUCUUCCCAGUGCCAAGCAUGGAAAGAUUCUGCAGAUGCUCAGUGAUGAGAGAAAGGUCAAGGAGAAGAGAGUCGAGGAGCUCGUCGAGCAGUUCAAGAGAGAGGCCGCGCUCAAGCCAAAUCACUCGUCCUCUCAGGCUGCCUAG